AUGCGAACGGCUAAGAAAACAUCUAAAAAGGGAGUUCCCUUCAAUUUGCUCGUCGUUGGAGAUGCUGGUUUGGGUAGGACGGCUUUUGUGAACACUUUAUGUGAAAAACCAUUGAUUAGAAAAGACAAUACCAACUUUGAUCCUUCAUUGGCGGCUUCAAUGUCUCCAGUGGAAGUCGUUCCCUAUCAGACUGAUAUUGUAUUGGAGGAUGGAUAUAGAAUCAGCUUGACAGUUCUUGACACUCCUCAUUUUAAUGAAGCUAUCGAUAAUGAAAAUAAUUUUGAUAUUAUUCUUCAAUACCUUGAAAGUCAAUACGACAAUGUCUUGGAAGAAGAAACACGGAUUAAGAGAAACGCCAAGUUUAGUGAUGAACGCGUUCAUGCUCUCAUUUAUUUUAUCUCCCCUACAGGCCAUGGCCUUAGAGAAUUAGAUAUCGAAUUGAUGAAGCGACUUGCACCUCGGGUAAAUGUGAUUCCUGUGAUUGCAAAGGCAGAUUCUUUGACAGCUGAAGAACUUAAAGCAACAAAGCAAAUGAUCCUUGACGAUAUUGCAUAUUAUCAUAUUCCUGUGUAUAACUUUCCUUAUGAUGAAGAAGAAGAUGAAGAGUCCCUGGUUUCUUUGAGCAAGAGUUUGCGUUCGAAAAUGCCUUUUGCAAUAGUCAGUUCCGAUCGCUUGAUUGAAAUUGGUGGGAACACAAUCCGUGGACGUGCCUACCCUUGGGGUGUAGUCGAUGUCGACAAUCCUUCUCAUUCAGACUUUUUAGCUUUGCGUUCUGCCAUUUUUUCCACUCACUUAGAAGACUUGCAGUCGAUCACCAACAACCAGCUGUACGAAUCAUAUCGUACCGAAAAACUGUCUGCCUCGCAUCUGGCAAUGGAUAGUUCUUAUAGUGAUCCUAGUUCCGGUGGUAAUCAGCAAGACCAAGUUUUGCGAGAAGAUAGAUUACGGGCAAUUGAAUUGUCCGUGCAACGUGAAAUAGAAGAGAAACGGCGCCAGUUAUUAGCACGCGAAGAAGCACUGAGAGCUUUGGAAGAGAAGAUUGCUGCCUCUACUGCAGCAAUGGCAAACACAAGCGUUUCGACUCUUCCUUCCGCUGACAAUUCUGCUUCUCAAUCCUGA